AGCCUAUCUAUCAUUCAUCUAGUUUUCUCUUCUUCUUCUACUGGGAUACAUAUCUAAGAAAAUGACGAGCUGCAGUAUGUCUCUCUUGGCUUUUGGGGUUGUGAUCAUGGUGUUGAUGAUCAGUUCAUGUCCUGCAAAUGGUCUCACAUGCGAUGACACCGCUCGCAUUUUGACACCCUGCCAGGAUUUUUUGGUCGGCAGCGGCCCUCCAACUCCUAGCACCGGUUGCUGUGGAGCUAUGAGAAACUUGGUUUCUAGAGCCACAUCCACCCAAGUACGUAGAGAUCUGUGUGGAUGUAUGAAGCAGAUUAUUCUUGGCUUUCAUGUUGAUGUUGGGAAACUUCAAUUCAUCGUUCCUCAGUACUGCAAGGUCAAAAUUCCUGUACCUCUUGAUCCCAAUGCCGACUGCAGCAAGGUACCUUUUUAGAAGGUAAUUAAACAUGAAACGAAGAGAUUUUGUUUUGGUACGUAGAUGAAGAUUCAUGAGGCCACAAGGGGCAAGAAAAGAGGAACAAAGUAGCUAGUGUUUGGUUCUAUAGUUUGUACUCUACAUUUAUGUAAUUUUCUUUAUCAAAAUAAAGCAAUUGAGACAUUAUAUUUCUUUUUCUAAGGGUGUGACCUUAAUAUGAAUGUUAAUUCUUUGGAUUAAUGUACCUAUAUCGAAAUCAAAAUUGUCAUCUA